ACUGAAAGGAUGCCAAGGCCUCUUCUCUCUUCCUCUGGGACAAGAAGGCCAUCAUCCUCUGAUGACUCCCUCAGACUGAGCCAGCUUUAUCCUUAUCCACUGGCCAAAAGUGGUCCCCAACUCCUGUGAUUGUCCAGAGUGUCACACUCAUGGAAGCUGAUCCCCAGAAUCCUUUGUGCUCACCCCACCCUUCACAGGCACUCCAAGCCCUAGCUCUCUGCCCCCUCCCCCCAUGGAUUUUGCUCAGCACUCUGAGUGGCUCCAACCACCCUUCAGGCUGUCCUUGGUGUUUUCCCACCUUUGGUGGGUUAGCAAACCUGCAGUUUUACCUUCAGAAUGUUGCCCGCUGCUUCCUCCUUCCUCAGCCCUGUUCAACUGGCCACUUUGGUCCCCCACCUGGAUAGUCACAAAAGACUCCUCGUCUCUGCUCCCUGAGAACAUCUGAAUUGGGGUGUGGCCCUCCCCGCCCAGGGUCCUCCGUGGCUCUAUCAGUGUAAAGGACAAGAGUGCCAUGUCUUUUUCUUCUGUGGGAUUCACUGCCGUCCUUCACUCUUCUACACAACGUUAUCUGCAAAUGUUGACUGUCCAGCUUCUUAAAUGUCAGUUCCAGCAGGCCUGGGACAUUGGCCAAUUUAUUCACUGCUGUAGAUCCAGCUCUGUGGAGAAAGUUGGCAUACACAGAGAGGUCCCAGGUCCGGACUCCCCACCAUGCUGUGCCGGGUACCCACUUCCACAGCGCUGCUGCUGCCACUGCUCCCGCUGUUGGCCCUGCUGCUGGAGGCCGCCUCCUCUGCUCCCCUGGCGCCCAGACCCUCCAAGGAGAAGGUGAGAGAGGAAACCUUCUUUGCCCUCCCUGUCCCGUUGGGUCCCCUCUGCCCAACUUCUCCAGGAUCCCCUCUUUCCUUUGAUCUGGUAGUCACUGUUUUCCCAACUCCCUUGCCCUUGGCCUCCCUGACCUUUCUUCCUUGCCCCCAGUUAACCCGCUGUCUAGCAGAGGUGGUCAUGGAGGUGCUGACACUGGGCCAGGCCCAGAGAGGCCCCUGCACAGUUCUGCUCCACAAAGAGAUAUUUGAGACAGAGCCCCGUGGCUGUGUGUUCCUUGAGGAAAAGAGGUUGCUGGGUGGGGAGUUCAACAAGCAGGAAGCUGGAGAGAUGAGGUCCAGCCAGGAGAUAAGGGACAAGGAAGAGGAGGCAGCAGAGAGGACCCACGAGUCUGAGGUGCGGGAACAGGCCAUCCACACACAGCUCCACAGCCGGCUCCGUCAGGAGGAGAAGGAGGAGGAAGAGAAGAGCCAGCCAAGGAAGACUUUUGAGCAUAUGUGGGAGCAGCAAUUAGAGAGCACCAGAGGCCCCAAGAAGCGGGUGGCUGAGAAGGCCAGCGAUGAGGAGAUGGCCCAGUUUCAGGCAGAGGAGAAGGGCAUGCAGCUGCUGGGCGGAGGCCGCCAUCUGUGGCAGGGGGCUGAGAUGGCCGGGGCAGAAAGGCAUGAAGGGCCCUCAAGUCACCACCAUCAGGAGCAGCCAGGCACCAAGGCCAAGCAGGAGGAAGAGGCAGAGGAGGAAGAGGCAUCAGAGCACGAGGAAGACGAUGUGGACCGGCUAGAACGCAUGAAGGAGCAGCUAAAGAAGGCCACUGCUAUGCUGGGAGAGGCACGUGGGCGGGAAGGCUGACUCCUCGCCACUCUCCUCCCUUUCCAUACUCCCUCCGGCUCAGACAGCUGACCUCAGAGCCCCCAGUCCACCUGGGAAGGACUGGUGUGCAAGGUUGUGCCUGAGAGAAGUCUGACUCAGCCCCCACCCCCACCCUCCCAUCCCUCUGAGUGAA